AUGAGAAACUACUACUGGUCCUUGCGAAAUCUGAUCCUCUUCGGAGGCCUGGCUCUGAUCGCCAUGGUCACUUGUAGAGAAAUCGCCUCGAUAGCACGAGAAAACACAAAAAAUGUCGAUGGCAUUCUUAUGACUGGAAGGGAUGAGGUUUCCGAGCUCAAGAAACGGCUCCAGGCGCUUGAGAAAAAGGCGAAAAUUCAGCACCCAGCUGUCAAGUUCCUUCCAGAGGGAAAGCGCAAACGAAUCCUCGUUACUGGAGGCGCUGGCUUUGUAGGAUCCCAUCUCGUUGACAAACUGAUGAUCCAGGGACAUGAAGUCAUCGUUGUGGAUAAUUUCUUUACGGGACGAAAAAGAAACGUUGAGCAUUGGCUGACGCAUGAAAAUUUCGAGCUGAUCCACCACGAUGUCGUGGAGCCGCUUUACAUCGAAGUAGACCAGAUUUAUCACCUCGCCUGUCCCGCUUCACCUCCUCACUAUAUGUUCAAUCCGAUAAAGACGAUCAAAACGAGCUCGAUUGGGACGCUAAAUAUGCUUGGCCUGGCGAAACGAGUUGACGGGCGGCUAUUGUUAGCGUCGACUUCUGAGAUUUAUGGCGACCCGGAAGAGCACCCGCAGAACGAAAACUACUGGGGCCAUGUUAAUCCGAUCGGGCCCAGAGCAUGCUACGACGAGGGAAAACGAGUGGCUGAAACGAUGUGCUAUGCAUAUAAAAAACAAGAGGGCGUGGACGUCAGAGUUGCUAGAAUUUUCAAUACUUACGGACCACGGAUGCACAUGGAAGAUGGUCGAGUAGUUUCCAAUUUCAUUCUUCAAGCGCUUCAAAAUCUAGACAUUACAAUUUACGGGGACGGGAAACAGACGCGAAGCUUUCAAUACGUCGAUGACCUAGUUGACGGGCUCAUCGGUCUUAUGAACUCAGAUAUCACGUCACCUGUCAAUGUUGGCAAUCCGGACGAGCAUACGAUCGAAGAAUUCGCAACUAUCAUUAAAGACAUGGUCGGUCCAACGAGCUCCAAGAUUGUCCACCAUCCAGCGACAGAGGAUGAUCCACAAAGGAGAAAACCAGACAUCGAGAAGGCCUUCAAGGGCUUUGGCUGGCGGCCUAAGAUGCCACUCAAAGAAGGCUUGACGAAAACGAUCGAAUACUUCCGAGCUGAACUCGCCCAGGAAGAGAAUAACUCGCCGAAUAUCUUUCUCCCUGAUGGCUAUUCAAAUGAUUUAUGA